AUGAAGCGACGAAGAGAGGAGGAGGGGGAGGAAGAGGAGGAGCAGGAGGAAGUGGUGGAGGUAGAAGGAGAAGAUGAGAUGCAAGACAGCUUCAUCGACCCUCAGGAGGAGGAGGAUGACCUCGCUCAUCAGCAUCACCUGCUGUCCGCGGUUGUUCCAGGGGGUGACGGUAGGGGUGACGGUAGUGAACAAGACGAGUUGGACGACAACGAAGCAGGAUCUUCAGACCUCCUGCAUGAUGUGCAACAUGAACAUGAGCUGCAUGAUGGGUGGGAGGAUGCAGAACAUGUUGAUCUCGAGAAAGAGUUGAACGAUGGCUCUGACGAGGAAAUCGAAGACGUCCGGCAAGGAAAGCAAGUGGGUGGGGAUCAAGAGCCGGCAGAUGAAUGCGAGGACCCAGGUCAUGCUGCUGUGUACGAGGCCCAGUCGCCUACCACACAACAUCACGUUAGUUUCGAUGUCGACGAUUCUGUUGUUUCCAACGCCUGCUCGUCGUCGCAUGUGCGGAUGUUGGAAGAGUCCAUCGUGGUUGAGGUGGGGAACCGAAACAGGUACAAGCUGCAGCUAGAAGCCGAGAUGGAGAAGAAUGCCAAGGCAUCAGCAAGGAUCGCAUCCUUGCAGACUGAGAACGAGCACCUGAAUGUCAGGUGCUCUGAGUACCAGAGGAGCAGCAGCUCCAAGGACCUGCUGCUGAAGAGCCUUGAGGCAGAGAUCUCAGAGCUGAGGAGGCAGCUCUUGGACAAGUCGAGUGAAGCUGAAGCUCAGCACAAGGAGCAUAUUAGCAAGAUGCAGUCAGAGCUAUUCGACAAGUCCAAGGAGGUCAUGACCUUGCAGAAGGAGCUGGAGCUGUCUCGCAUGUCCGAGAGUGAUCUGAAGCAGACCGUCACUCGGCUGGAGGAACGGAUCAGCAACCUGACACAGAGCCUGCAGCAGCCAGCGGAGCAUGGUCUAGUGGCCCCGGAGAGUGAAGAGUCUUUGAGAAGCCAAGUCAAGGAGGGAGAGAUACUGGCCAAGCACCUCCGACUGCAGGUGUCUCAGCUGAAGGCCGACGCUGCCAAGGCUGUGGAGUUCCAGAAGGAGCUGAUAAGUCUGCGGUCGAUCAAGUUCGAGGCCGAGGAGGCGAACUCCAGAUGCGCCCUGCUGGAAGCUAAACUCAAGGACUCGACUGCCAACGAGUCGCAGCUGAUGGUGGAGAAGGAAAGGCUGCAGGAUUGGGAGGUCUCAUUGACUGGUCGCCUGCUCGGGCUGACAGACGUGCAGCAGCGGAACCUGCUCUUGGAGGCAGACGUGGCUUCUCUGCGGGAAAAGUGCAGCAGCCUUGAGGGAAGCGCCAAGACUCUCCGGGACAACAAUGUGCAGCUCCAAGGAGAGGUGCAGACGUUGAAGGGAAGGGCGGAACAGCUGGAGACUGAGCUCCAUAUGGCCAAGGCUGCUGUAUGCUCCCCUCGGGCUUCUCCUGUGGCUGCUAACUCGCUGGAUGUCCUGCAGAGGGAGCGAGAGGUCUACUUGGCUUCGAUGGACCGCGAGAUGCUGGCAUCGUUCAAGGCGGAGGAGGUGCUCCUUCGAGACCAGAAGGUGUUGGAGCAGCAGAAGACGAUCGAGAAGCUGCAAGCUGAUGUGAGCGGGACGGCAAUGCUGAUGUGGUCCUCUCACCUCGCCCCGCAGAUCAAGGCGCACAAGGAGCAGCUCAGGUCGAACGCCUCGCAGCACUCAGCCAGGACGAGCAAGCUGGAGGCGGAGAUCGGAAGCCUCAAAGACGAGCUCAACAACAACUCGGGGGAGCUGAAGCGAUGCAGGAACGAGAUGGAGAGGUACAAGAGCAACCUCGAGAAAUACCAGACCAGCCUCGAGAAGUCCGAGGCCCUGCUAGAGUCCAGCAAGGCAGAGCUGGAGCAGCUGAAGAAGGAGAGCGCGGGCCUCCGCGUGGAGAAAGAGAAAGUAGCCAAGUCAGCUGCUCUCCAAGGUAAGGUCGAUGAACUAGAGGGCAAGCACAAGGAGGCGGAGGAGAAGCUGAAGGCCUCGCUGCAGAAGUCGACCACAGAUAUCGACAACUUGAAGAAGAACUUUGCGAAGCUCCGCGCCAAGUUCGAGCAGGCGCAGGAGGUCGUCCGGCUGGUCCCGCUGCUGUUCGGCUACGUCAUCACGGUCACUCAAGGGAAGAAGGUGGAAGGAAAAGACUACCAGGCGAUCAUCAAGGCCAUCCCCAAGUUUGCGGAGCAGGACAAGUCUGAAUCCUUCGUGCUGAGAGCGUCAAUGCCGGCAGACUCCAGCAAGGACCCAACUCUCUUCCUGCAGAACGCCUGCGAGUCGGAGAACGUCAAGAAACACAAGGAAAAGUUCCUAAGCGAGCCCUCCAGUCCCUUGAAAGAAGCCGGGGUCUCUGCGUUCCUGUCUGCCAUCUUGGUCGAUCGCUUCGAGAACUUGCAAAAGGAGCACGCGAGCAAACCCAAAGCUGGGGAAGCUGCCGGACAAAGUUGAAGUCAGUGCUUGUUUCAAGGCUUUCCGAAGUUCUGUUGGCAAUAAACACUGAGCACAAC